AUGUUGUUUGUCAAUUGUACAAUUAUUACUGUCAAUGCUACCAGGGAUAUCAUCAAAGAUGGUGCUAUUGCUGUAGCAGAUGAUAUCAUUGUAGCUAUAGGUAAAACCCUGGAUCUCAUCCAACAAUAUGGUGAAGAUGAGAGAAUUGAUCUUAGUAGUCAUAUCGUCAUGCCAGGAUUGAUCAGUCUCCAUGUUCAUUUAGCUCAAUCCUUACUUCGUACCGCAGCAGAUGAUUUGCCGUUAAUAGAAUGGCUCUGUGAUAGAGUUUGGUGCAUGCAAGGAUGCUUCACAGAGGAGGAUGGGUACGUAGCUUCCAAAUUAACCAUUGCUGAAAUGCUCAAGAGUGGUACAACAACGUUUGUAGAGUCGUUGUUCGCUGAAAGAUACGGAUUCGGCGGUGCUGUGAAGGCGGUUGUAGAAUCAGGAAUUCGUGGAUGUUUAGGUAAAGUUGUCAUGGACCAGCCACGAUAUGCUACUCAAGAGGGUAUAUCCAUGCACCCUGGACUCAUUGAAGAUGAAAGGUCUUUGGACAAUGCUGUCAAAUGUCAUCAAAAGUAUCAUGGUGACGGCGAUGGUAGAGUGGAAGUAUGGUUUGGAGCUAGAACCCCUGGAGGUGUUUCUGAGGAUUUAUAUCGAAGAAUGAUCACUAUGGCCAGACAAAACGAUAUUGGAAUAACCAUGCACUGUGCUGAAGUUAAAGCGGAUAGAGAAUUUUUUGCCUCCAAUGGCCACACCCCCAUGACUUAUUGUCAGGAUUUGGGCCUUUUAGCUCCCAGAACAGUACUAGCACAUAUGGUACAUUUAGAUGAUGAAGAUAUCAAGAUUUUGGCUGGAACAGGAGCAUCAGUUGGACAUUGUCCCACUUCAAAUGCAAAGCUAGGUAGUGGGGUUUGUAGAGUGAAGGAACUCUUGGAACAUGAUGUUCCUGUCGGUAUUGGAUGCGACGGUUGUCCAUGUAAUAAUACCAUGGAUCUUUUGCAGGAGAUGAAAAUGGCUUCAUUGAUGCCCAAGGCUAUCCACGGUGACCCUUCGCUUGUUCCUGCUGAGAAAAUUAUAGAAAUGGCUACUAUCAUUGGUGCUAAAGCUUUAGGCAAAGACCAUGAGAUCGGGUCAAUUGAAGUCGGUAAGAAAGCAGACUUUAUUUCUAUCAAUUUGACCGACAAGCUUUAUGCUCAGCCCAUGAGAGACCCUGUGCUGAUGGUGGUAUAUAUUGCGACUGGAAGUGACGUCGAUACUGUUGUAGUAGAUGGAAAGGUCGUUGUUCAACAGGGUAAGUUAUUGACAAUUGAUGAACAGAAGUUGAUUCAACAGGCCAACAUUCAUGGAGAAGCUGUAAGAGAAAGGGCCGGAAUCAUAGUUGACUCAAGAUGGCCCGUUGUGUAG